AUGUCAUCAAACGUCUCGAUAGAUCUCCCAAUCAUCCAUUAUGUUCUUCAAAGGGGAAAGGUCCUGGGGCCAUUCUUUCAGCUUCCGUCUUUGCAACUAGAGUAUUUGGAUGGUCACGGAUGCACAUUGCUUCUUGCAGCCUCGAAAGGCAUAAAAACGUUGGGGAUGAAGCUUGAGAACUCUCGUGGACAUGGAAUCGCAUGCAAAACUGUUCUAGAGGAACUCCUUGAUCGUGGGGCAAACACAGCAGCACAAGAUAAAACGGGGAGAACUGUUCUUCAUCAUCUUUUCGAUCGACAAGACCCUGUUUUCGAUCCCAUAGAACCCCAGAACGGACCGGAUGAAAAAUAUGUCGAAACUACCUUGAGGUCUAUCACGCUUCGAAAUCCAAAUCUUGUUCAUACACCCGAUCAUUACGGCAACACACCUCUUCAUUUGGCCCUAGAACGCCAUUCCCUCCACGAUAUCAACUUACUGCUUGAAAAUGGCGCAGACGCUCUUCGUCCUGACCACGAAGGCAAUACGGGACUCCAUUAUCUUGUUCGAAGUAUCCAAGAAAGCGAAUGCAAAGACAUGUUCCGGAAAUUCCUAGAUCUUGGGGUUGAUAUCAAUUCUCGGAAUAACGAAGGGGAGACGCCUCUCUUUCGAUACAUUGCCAAUACAGGCCUGGGACCCCGUGGAGGGCUUCAAUUUCUCGGCCCAGGUAGAAUUCUGGACUCGAAGCUUACCAGGCCUUUUUUUGAUUUCUUUCGGGAAAAUGGAGCAGACUUCUUCGCUCGAAGUAAGGGAGGCUCGUCGCUGCUUCAUCUCCUGGCUUCCUUCGAGUGUGCUUCGAGGAUUCAAGAAGUUCUGUCGCCAAUAAUUGUGGAAAGAUUCAAAGUACUUAUGAGUAUGGGCUUAGAUCCUAUGCUUGAGGACUUGCGGCAGCAGACAAGCUUGGACAUCGCCGCUGCGUGUGGAAAUGAAGCGAUCUUGAAGUUAUUUGAACAAAAGCCCCUUAGCUAG